AUGGACUUCCUCGUCUCAACCACGGUCGCCCUUGGGAUAUAUCUGACAUACAAAGCUUUUGAAAACUGGCUUCGUGAAUAUUGCUCUCCUCUGCGUCAUCUUCCAGGUCCGCCGAGCCCUGGAUUUAUCCUGGGCAAUAUACAGGAAUCUAUGAUGGAGGACAAUUCUCGUCUUCACGAUGAUUGGAGACAAGAAUAUGGCGCCACAAUGCGAUACAAUGGACCGUUUGACGCUAAUUGGCUGUACACGUCCGACGUUAAGGCUCUGCAGCACAUCAUGUCCAACGUUGAUGACUGGCCGAAACCUGAGUAUAUUCGCUACAUGUUGAGUCAACUAGCCGGACCAGGCGUUCUGGUUGUGAGUGGGCCUGAGAACCGAAAACAACGGCGAGUCAUGAAUCCCGCUUUCGGUACGUCUCAACUGCGUGAGAUGACAAGCAUUUUCGUGGCAAAAUCUAUCCUCCUUCGUGAUAAUCUUGCAAGAGUUGCUUCUGAGGCUGAUGCUGGAUCAUCAAUUGAUGUUCUCCCCUGGGUCAGCCGCAUGACGCUGGAUAUCAUCGGCCUCGCUGGUUUCGGUUACGAUUUUGGCGCUUCAAACGCAGAAGCACCACAGAACGAGCUUACAACGGCCCUCGAUGCUGUUUUCCGUUCAAAGCCUAGUAUUUUUUCAUUUUUGAAAGGGAUGUUCCCGUUUCUCAGGAUGCUUCCAUUUGGCAACAGUGGUGCCCUCCAUCAAGUCCAAACCGGCCUUUUCGCUAUUGGCAAACAGCUGAUAGUCUCCGCUAAGAAAUCAGUCAACGAGGGAGUAGUUGAUGACUCCAACAAUUUGAUCUCCUUGUUAAUUCGAUCCAACACUGCCAAGGAUCUGCCGUUUUCUCAGCGCCUAUCUGAUAAGGAUGUUCUCGCUCAGAUUCCAACAUUGUUAAUUGCGGGUCACGAAACUUCCAGUUCUGCAAUAACAUGGUCAUUUUACGCCCUCUGCGCUCACCCAGAAGCUCAGAAGAAGCUCAGAAACGAACUUCUUACGCUUGAUACCGAUACACCCACCAUGGAUCAGCUCAACAGUCUACCUUAUCUUGAUAUUUUCAUUCGAGAAACGCUGCGUAUAUUCGCUCCAGUCCAGACUGUGCCUCGUGUAGCUGCAAAGGACGACAUUCUCCCACUGGACUGCCCCGUGACAGACAAGAAAGGGAUCAUACAUCGUAGCCUAAGAAUCGUCAAAGGUCAAGGUGUGAUGAUCCCAGUUGUUGGCUUGAACACAGACAAAUCCAUUUGGGGGGAAGACGCGGCCGAUUUCAAACCCGAACGCUGGGAAAACCUUCCGGAGACGGUACGAAAUAUGCCCGGUGUGUGGGCGAACACGAUGUCAUUCUUUGGAGGUCCACGCUCUUGUAUUGGCUUUCGUUUUUCCAUCAUUGAGAUGAAAGCCGCUCUUUUCAGUGUCGUCCGUGCUUUCGAACUCGAACUGGCUGUUCCGGUCGAUUGUAUUACAAAGCGCACAGAGAUCUUGCAGCACCCCAUGCUGAAGACCGAACCAGAAAAGGGCGCCCAGUUGCCUCUCCUCAUACGACCUCAUGUAUCCCAGACGUAA